GUGCCGUCGGUCGGUAUACUACGGUCGCUGGGGAAGCUUUCGCGUUUGGCGCUGCAUUAUUAAUGGUGUGUUGAUCGAUUUCGCGUGCUUUUACCGUCUGCUCGUGCCCGCGCCACUGAACCGGGCAACAGAGUGUGACAGGAGCUUCGGAGGUUUUCUCGUUUGAAAAGGAUUUUAGUGUUUUUUUUUUCUCGGGGUGAUUGCAAGAAUUGAAAGCAAUUUCCUUCCCGACAAAUUAGCGCUACGUUUCGUUUUCGUUGUCAACCAAUCGAUCGCUGUUUCUCAGCAGCAUCAGCAGCAGCAGCAUCAAUCGUUCCGUGCCAUUCUCGAGACAUUCUCGGUCCGCUUGGCAAGCGAACGGUCUCGACGGACGGAAAACGAGAAGCUAAUAGUGAGCGGCAGUGUUCGCGAGAUGUGCAUCCCACUCACGUGCACUCACGUAUGCACCGGCCGCAGUAGGUAGAAGAUGAAAAUGGUGCAAUUUUCACUGCAGUCGCGAUGAGACCGUAUCGAAUUGUCCAAUGAGCAGGAGUGUGUGUGUGCGUGUGUUUGUGUGUACCACUUCCGUCGGUCGGUCGGUUUGUUCGGAUUCACUUCCGUCGUGCCGAGUUUUCAGUGCGAUCUUUGCGUGCAGUGGCGUAUGUUAGUGUGACGUGAGCGCGUGGGAAACUCCGGAAACGGAAGAUGGUCACCGGGACCGGGAGUUGCAGGCAUUCCGUGUUACCAUUUCAACGUGAAGUGAAUUGGAUUGGAUUGGAUCGUGUCAGGCUCGGUUGGAUGGACAGCCGGGGAAGAAUAGGUGAUGUUCGGCAGGGCAGGUAGUAGAUGGUGUUGAAUAAAAGAAUAAGCCACGUUUGAGGAAGGGAGACCCGCUACGGAACGCUACGGGUCCUGCAGUGUAAAACCGGACCGCCAUUGCGGAGUGCUGUUGCUGCAAGCAUCGGGUGGGAAAGAAGCAACAACAACAACAACAAAAAGGUGAAGAAAAAAAGUUAGACAUCCUGAGGUCGGUUUAGAUCCCGAAGCGCUGUGUGCAGGAACAGCGCACCCAACAUCACGUCAGCGCCGGAAAGCGCUGUCCAAAGCCGUGCCGUGUGCCCGUUGCCGACACGGGUAGGUACCGAGCGAAUGCGACCAGGGAAUGUGUGUAUUGUGAAGUAAAUUAAUUAAAAAAGUUAUAUUAAAACGUUCUAAAAAGGCAAAACCAAAUUAAUGUUCCACGCUGUUUUCGGGUGGUUCCUUGCAUGCCGGUGUGGGAAUUUGCUUCAGGAUUCCGGCCGACCGUGUGUGUGUGAGUGAGCGGGAAAGGGAGAGGGAGAGAGAGAAAGCGCACGCAGGGUGUGAUAGAGUGAGUGAGCAAAAUCUCGGCGCGAAGUGGGCGAAACCGGGUGCCGGAAUCCGACCGUGAACCCUUGCCCCGUGCAACCGCUCCGGGAGUUGCAGUACAACUCUAGCUGAAAAAGGGUUUUUAGCUGAGUGUGAUUGCGGUUAGCGCGGUUGGGUGUUUUCCGCUGGGAGUACGAGUGUGUAGUGUGCAUGUUUUUUAAUGAAGCAAUAGAAAGGUGUGUUCUGCGUGUGUCCGACAUGUGUACUUGGCUGUGCGUCGGUGUGGAGCGGUCCGCGGUGGAAGCAGUACGGCAAGCUGUGAUUUGUUUUGAGGGUAAAAUGUGAAGAGGCAUUUGUUGAGCAGCUUUUUUUGUUCACUUCUGUGCUUGCUGAUUGAAUCAUGACUACCGUUUCGUCGCUACACACGUUGGCAAAAGUGUUCAAGGCAAGCGGUGUACCGUGGUAAGGCACGGGACAGAAGCAAGCAAUGGCCGAGUGAACCAUCGCUGGAGCCAUAGAGUGUUACAGGCAUCAUUAAGGAUUCGUCUGGAUUAUUGUUUUUCGCCAACCAGCGCGCCACAGCUAACGGGAUAGCAAGAAAUAACGGCCUUGUUAAGCGGAGUAGAAGGAGGAGCAGCAUUCGGCGUCUUUUCACUUUACACACAUACACCAACGGCACAGCAUCACGAUGGGGUCGCCCACUGUGCGAUCGAGCGCGGACAUCGUUAGCAUACUGCUGCUCACUGUGAUACACACGGGAACGAUGGGCUGGAAGCUGGAUAAUCGGAACAUCAUGUACACUAAUCAGGACAUCUCGUACGAGUGUCCAAUCAACACCAUGUGCCGGUGUGCGAGUUUACCGAACGAAACCGCACUCCUCGAGAUCAAUUGCAACGAGGUGUCGCUUUACAAAUUUCCCGAAUUUCUGCACGGGACGAUAAAACACAUCGACAUGUCACGCACCUUCAUCCACAACGUAGACGACGAAACGUUUCAAGGGUUGCGGCUGGAGUCGCUCAAGCUGGUAGACAACAAAAUACAGGAUAUUUCCGAAAAGAGCUUCAACUUUAUGCAGCAUUCGUUAGUGUCGCUGGAUCUGUCCGACAAUCAGUUACAGGGGCUGCCGCUAGACUCGCUUAAAAAUGUCCACACGCUAAGCCGAUUAGUAGCACAAAGGAACAACAUACACCAUCUGGACGGUAACUGGGGCGGUUUGGCUGAUUCGCUUCGCAGCCUGCACAUAUCGGGCAACUCCAUUUCCGAGGUAUCUUUCUACACGCACGAUGAAAAGCGUCAGAACCACACGGCCCCCAACUCGCAAGCAUCCAUAAUAAACGCGAAACAAUUCUCGCAGUAUCCGCCAGUAACGGUGGUGGGGCCACCAACGGCGGGUAACACCGGUCUCCAGCAGCAGCAGCAGCAGCAGCAGGGCGUUAAACCGUUCGCCAAGCUGAAAAAGCUCGUCUGGCUCGACAUCAGCUCCAACCGUAUCGCACACAUCAGCCCGAACACGUUCCCGAAAUCGCUGGUCACGAUCGAUCUUUCCAAGAACAUUCUUUCACAGUUUCCGACGGCGUUCCUCGAGCACUUGCACGAUUUGCGUGUGCUCUCGCUCAAGGAUAACCUGAUAGCGAAGCUCGACGGAAGCCCCGAAACCACCGGCACGGCUCGGAUCCGGCUCGAAAAGCUCGAUCUCAGCCUCAAUCUCAUCGAGGAAUUGCCUUCCCUGCUGUUUAAUGGGAGCGUGCGAAUAAAGGCAAUUAAUUUCGAUAAAAACUUUAUCCGCCACCUGGAAGCGGACACUUUCCAGGGGCUGAACAUUGUGCACAUGGUGCUGGCAUUUAAUUUCAUCGAGUCCAUCGACGAUGCUGCAUUUGCAACGCUCGAAAACAGUCUAGAAUAUCUCGAUCUAGAACGAAAUCGACUGACGGCGGUGCCGAGUGCGAUUGGACGAUUGAAUCGGUUACGCUAUCUGUAUCUGACAUCGAACGAGCUGACGGGCAUUCCCGACCUACCGGAGGCGUUACUACCCACCACGCUCAAGGUACUGUCCCUGAGCGGUAACAACUUUACCGCCAUUCCGGUGGAAGGUCUUUCCAACUGUACGGAACUGUCGUAUCUGAACAUGGGCUACAACAAGAUUGCCGAGAUCGAGGAAAACGCAUUUGCCGGUUGGGGUUCCAACCUGCAGACACUGUUGCUGCGCAACAAUAAGAUCACUAGCCUAAACUACGGCGCAUUUAACGGGCUUGACACGAUCAAGGAAAUCAGUCUUAGCUUCAACGACAUACACUACGUGCAUCCGAACGUGUUCGAAAAUGUGUCAACAUCGCUGAAGAUCCUGGAGCUUUCGUUUGGCAUCUACAGGGAAGAGUACCCUGGGGAGGCGCUGGCCGUGUUGACGGAACUGAUGUGGUUAGGGCUGGAUAAUAACAAUCUCAAAACACUGCCGGACGGGGCAUUAUCCACCCUCGGACAACUGACGUACGUAAAUCUGGCAUUCAAUCGCAUUGUAGCUAUUCCGCGCUGGCUCUUCCGAUCGGACGUGCAUCGAAACUUGGUGGAAAUAGAUUUAUCCUUCAAUCAGCUGGAAGAUUUGCCCAGUGCCACAUUCGACAGCUUGGAGCUGAUACAAAUCAUCAACUUGUCGUCGAACAAACUGCGCAGCAUGCAGAAGAAUGCGCUACAUGAUCUGCCGUACCUAACCUACGUAGAUCUAUCGUACAACAUGCUUCAAAAUAUCAGCGAGGGUGCAUUCAGUUUUCUUCCCAGCCUAUUGAGUGUGGAUCUUAUGCACAAUGAGCUGAGCACGCUUUCGCUGAAAGUGUUUCGUCAGGUUUCGAAUGCAACCACGCCAAUGCGGUUGAACAUCAGCAAUAAUGCUAUCGAGUUCCUGGACGGAGAUGUCAACUCACUGCUGUACGUGUACUCUCUCGACGCCAGCCAUAAUCAGCUGCAGGACACAACCGUGUUUCGUGCGCUAGCAUUUUCACUGCGCAUACUCUACCUUAACUGGAACAACUUCACCACGCUCGGUAACCACGCGUUCGGAGACUUGCAGAUACUGGAAAUAUUGAACCUAGCGAACAACAACAUAAGCUCGCUGCGUCGUCGUAGCUUUGCCGGUUUGAUGAAUCUCCAGGAGUUUGACCUCAGUCACAAUCGCAUCGAAAGUCUGCAGAUUGAACAGUUUUCUCCGCUGAAAAAACUGCGACUCCUCCGACUAAACAACAAUCGGCUACGUGCCAUUCCGCGCGACACAUUCCUCAACACUCGCAUCGAAUUCUUAGACCUGUCUCACAAUCAGUUCGUAUCCUGGCAGGCAACGGCUUUCGCUGACAUCGGCUUUACGUUACGUUCGAUACAGUUCGACAACAAUUUGCUCGAGUUCCUGGAUCCGUACAUGUUCACCAGCACGCAGUUCCUGCUCGAGCUAAACCUGGCCGAAAACUUGAUCAAACUCAUCCCGGACAAUUCGUUCGCCAACCUGAACAAUCUGACGGUGCUGGAUCUGAGCCACAAUCAGCUUAUGCCGAUAAACUUUCGGGAGCUUUUCAUCAACGUACCUCGUCUGCGAGUGCUUAGCCUACGAUCUACCGGCAUAUACCGUCUUCCGUCCCUAGCACUGCCCCAGCUAGCUACACUUGACGUGAGCAACAACAAUCUGCAGGAGAUCGAAUCGCAGGAGGAGUUGUUCUAUCUGCGCGAGUUACACAUACAGGAAAACAAGAUCAACAACAUCUCGAACCUGUUGCGGAACCUUCCUCCGGCGCUGCGUGUACUUGACAUCUCGAGGAAUCCGAUCCGAAAGAUCUCGUUUCAUGAUUUCUCACUCUCCCGGCGGUUGGAAGAGCUGCUCAUAGAGGACAUCAAAAUAGCCAAUCCGGACAUAUUCAUCAAGCUACACAAUUUGAAAAAGCUACGCAUUAGCGCACAGCACAACUUUAGCGAGUUGGUGUCGAAGCUAAGAGGCUUACAGGAGCUGUACGUGACGAUCUACGAUGAGCAUCUGGGUGAUGGUCUGUUCACGUCCCGGAUGCAUGCAAACACGAAGCUUAACGUGGUCGAGAUCACUGGCCGUCGGUUGGUGUCCAUCUCGAGCAACGCCUUCCAAGGGUUGGCACGGAAUCACGAUCUGAAACUGCGAAUACACAACACGAUGGUGAACGAUCUGCCACCGGGCGUGUUUUACGCCCUCAAGUACAUCCCCCGGUUAAGCAUAGAUCUGUCGGACAAUUUGCUAGCUGCGCUGGCGCCCGACAGCUUCUACCCGAACGCCAGCUCGUGGGAUGCGGUGGGGACACGGAGCGUGAUCGGUGGGCUGGACGUGUCCAACAAUCCGCUGCAGUGCGAGUGUGGUCUGGUGUGGUUGGGCCACUGGCUCCGGCGAUGGUUGCGAGAGACGGCGCAGGUCAAUUUGAUUCCUAAAGACGAAAUGAAGCAAAUGAUUCGUCGAGCAAAACGGAGUACCUGCACGGAUCCGCUGACCGGCAAGCGAUUACCAUUCCUGGAGAUCUUCCCCGAGGAUCUCCUGUGCCACGCCAGUGCCCUGAGUAGUUUAGCGUUGAAGCUACGCUUCCGGUUUAUGUUAAUUUGUCUCAAUAUGCUACUAAUAGUGCUGCACAAAUCACGAACAUUGGUACUGUAAUUUCUAACAGUUCCACGUGUGUGUGUGUGAGUUUGCACCGACCAGUUCAUCGCUUCAUCGCAUCCGGACAUCCAAUCUCACGCAGCCCACGGUACUCCAUUCUCAUUGCAAUCUUCCCAGGCAUCCACAGCAGUCCACAGUGCCAACGCGCCAGGUAAGCAUCGGUUAGGAAAACAUAAAAAAAAAAUGCUGUCGGCUGCCAAUCAGCCGAUAAUAACAGAUGGACAGCGUGUGUGAACAUUAUUGAACAAAAACUGUGAGGUUGCCUGUUACCACAAACAAAAACAGCAUCGUUCGCUCAUUCAAGCAGUCAGUUUUUGUCCCACAGUGGUGCGUGAUUGUACAUAGUAGUAGAAUUGUAAAUUAUAGCAAAAAAGGAAAAGGAAGAAAAAAACAAACAAACACCCAUUUUGUACGAAGUACGAUAAAAAAACACACGUCUCGAUAAAAAAGCCAAAACCAGAAGAAAAGAAAAAAAACAUUCAAACCUGUAAUGAAUAGUUUGAACUAAAAGCAGGACCUGUUAAGGGACGAAACAUUGUUGAACGGCGUAAAAUAUAGACAAACAAAUGUCCUAGCAACUCGCACUGAUGAACUGCAUAGUAGUGUACGGAUACCGCAAAUGUGUAAAGAAGUGUAAAUUUAACGGUAACACGCGAACGAGAUCGAAGAUCUCAGCCGUUUGAUCAAUUCCGAGUAAGAUAUUAACAAAACCCAUCCAAUCAAACAACAUUCCAUCAUGGUAGUAGGAGCUUUAGCAUAGGGCAUUAAGUUUUCGGGCACCAUUUUGCACUCGAGUAAUGGGAAGGGAGCCGAGGUUCCUUUUUACAAUAGCAGCAACACGUUACAGUAACGAAACUUCUGACUCUGGAUAAAUUUGAAAGGGCGCAAGAGACAGAAAUUUAAGGAUUUUUAAACUUGAUUUUUCAUUUCUGAUUUUUGAGUUAAUUUUUCUCUAGAUUCACAAUUUUGUUUCAUGACUGUUUUAUCAGUUUGUAUCGUUUAUAGCCAACUUUGCCAGUACCUGUCAGCACAUUUUUGCUAGACGGGUAAAUCCUUGCUCAUCAAUGUCCUUACCAACACCAUCCUUACUGCUCGUCCAACCCAUAGUGCAGGGGCAAAAUAAACAGUUUACCUAUAUGCUCACUGCAGCGAAUGAUGUCAUUGAAAGGAAAAUGCUUUCAUUGCAUUUCACAGCCAGGCAUAGCAUCGAAUGCACCGGCUCUGCGACAGUUCGCAAAAAAGUCGGCACACACAACAACUCCGUCAAAUGAAUUUGAUAAGCCAACACGUUUCUGUCCCGUCAAUCAGAUAACAAUGAUGGCCGAAUGACCCUCCCCCCCUGACCAGAAGAAUUUCACUCACAGUACGUUGUUGUUUUUGUCCUCACCCUCUUUCCGCCCCAUCACUUGCUUGCCCUGCGGCUCCCGUAGCGGUAAUGUGUCGGAUCACAGUGAAACGACAUAAUUAUGCAAUUUUCAGUCCAAUUACGAAAACACACAAACCUGAACAAAUCCCACAGCCGGGAUGAGCCAGUGCUGCCAUUUUCGCAUGCACGCUUCGAGAAACAGCAAAAUGGAAGGAUACCGUUGAUUGAUAUUCAUAAUGAUCACACAAUUAUUAUCACUGUGUGUGCGAUUAUAAUAAUGCUGGGCCACACACACACACACGCACGCGCAGCCACACGGCCGGGUUUAUCUUGGUAGCGGUUGAGCUGAGAUGUUAAUUAAUUUGCCAUCGCUUCCGAUCGUUCAGGCGUUCAUUUUACUCGCACGUCGCAGUAAAAUGGAUAAUGUGUUGUGUUGAACCCUAUUUGUUCCAAUUUCGGCGAUCUUGUCAGCGGGGCAAAUUUUUGGGGGCGAAAAUGAGAGUUCAUUUUCUAGUAUUGCCACUCUUCGGUAACCCUUUAGGGGGAGAUGGUAAGGGCACCAUGGAGGGCUUGUUUCAUUUAACAAAAUAUAUUUAUUUGUCGGACCUUAAACACAUUUAGGAUAUUCAAAUUAUUGCUUAGUGAUCCAAAUCCUAUCUGGGCCGUUCCUCCAUAGUGAGGACUGACUAUCCAACUGUGAGGUACCAAUAAGUUUAGUAAGCCAAAACUGGCAGGCAUGACCUAAUUGGUCGUUAGGUCAAGAAAGGAAGAAGAAGAAAUUAUUAUCUUAUUGUUUCUACCAAAGCAAUAAUCCAUUCUAAACCAUUUCUAACCAACGAUGGCUAAUGAAAGUAUUCUCUCAGAAGAGUAUUUGACCAACUGCAGAUAAUCUUGUAGAUUAUUUUUUCCGCAGUCUCUAUAUCUGCUAAGGUCAGUAGGGUAUUACCUUCGAUCGACAAUGCGCUAGCCAAUGUCUCAAAUGACCUCAAACGCACGUUCUCGAGUGAUUGUCACAUGGAUUGCCUAUUGACAGCCACGGCACGACAAGUUUUGUACUAGUCUGGUAAACGUCAUUCUCUGGCAUCAAGAAGGAUGCUCUGAAAUCUGGCUAAAGUUUCUCAAGAUGAAGGAAACUUGUCAAUAAUCGUUCGAAUUUCCUCAUCUCUUGAUUCUGCAUUGGAAGGUUACACCUCACUUUCGAAUUACCGAUAGCUGGCUUCUAUCAGACGUUCUUGUAUUGCUCCAGAACAGAGAAGAUCUGUACAAAAAGCUGAGUAAAUCUCGAACAGCUGUUAGUGAUCGUCAGGAUGAAGUUCACUGUUUCCCAUUUCUUCGUUCAGGAAUGAAGUUCAUUUUAAGAACUACCCUUCAAUUGCAGCAGCCUCGAUUGUGUAGGCCACUGCUACUCUAAAUCAACUGAUAACUGAUGUUUAAGUGUUGAGCUUUCUUUUGAGAUAAAUUUUGUAGGUGCAAAGUAGAUUUAUUCGAUAUCAUCAAUUGCAUUCACCAUGAUUGAUUUCUUUUGUGCACACAAAUUCAAAAGGUUGUCACUUAUUCGGUACUUAUUCAAUUUAUCAGUUUAACUUUCAUCCUUUCCAUCACGCAUCCAAUCAAAUUCUUACCUCAUUUACACAUCGUUGUGUCAUCAUAGCACGUUGGCUACCCCGUUUAGUGGUAUAUAAUUUCCCAACCACGCCUUAUUAAACCCUCCAAUGUCUCUUCCACACGUAAGAGCGUGUUUAUGUGAGCGUGUAUAUGUGUGUGUAUACAAGCAAGCAUAAUGAAAUUCCAUCAAUGGUUUUCCCAUCCAUUAAGAACAGCUUCACACACUGCUCCGUGGUUGAUGGUUCCUGGUUCAGUUUAGCACAAGUUCUUCUCCGGAUGAAGGGCGGCCUGAAAUUAUGGCCUCAUGAAGAAGAAAAAACCCGGUAACCCAAUCCCAGCAACUUACGCAUGCUUCAGACGCUACUCCACCUUGGCGCAGUUGACUGGAAGGAGAAUUGUUUUAUAAUGAAUGAAUAAUGCCUUCUGCCAGCCAUCGGUUGCGGUUGCAAAUGGCAAAGAAAAACACUUUUCCAUCCAUCAAUCAAGCCAACCCAGCGCAACUACGGCGGUACGUGUGUGCCGCACCGUGGUAACGCCGUCUCUAUAAGGAUUCGAUCAUGCGUGAGACACAUACCAUCGAUAUGAACUUCCUUCACCACAGGCCGUACAACGCCCGUGCUCCCGAACGAAAGCAGAUGCGGAAAAGCGGCUGGGAAAACAUGCAAAGCCUAAAAUCGUGAACCAUCAUCAUCAUUUUUCAACAACCUGCUGUGCGGCCACGGCACGUACACGCGGCAGGGAUGAUUUUACUUUCAUUUUCUCCACCGUUUCCACGGUUGUUGUUGACAGAGUUUUUCGUUUUUUUUCUUUCCCCUGGCUCUGCACUGGCCACCGUUGCUGUCAACCGUGUACGGCGUCACAUUUCUGAUUAAUACAAAUCACCGACAAAUUUCUCAAUUGAUAAACUUCACGUUUUCGUCAGCCGCAAUAUCACGCCAUCACGACGGUGACAUACGUAUGCGGCUGAAGAACGGUUCUGCACGGUACCGGUAUCGGCAAAUGUGCCGUCUUGCGUGUGUGUGUGUAUGCGUGAAGGGUGAUGUGACAAUGACAGGUGAUGGGUUUCCGGUGCUGGUGAAUGUUACGGCGGGAGAAGAGAAAAACUGGAAAUCUUUUAUGGUAACUCGCACACCGUGCGACCGAGGAAAAAUGUGGAAAAAUCCAUAACCAGCGGUGGUCUAGACUUCGUUAGCCCGUUUUUCUUUUUUGUUAAGGGCAACGGGUUGGCAGGAUUCGUGGAUCAAUGAAUCAUCGUACACACACAGCCGCCACCGCACCUUGGCAGACAUGACGCGCGAUCGAUCGAUCGCGCCAAACCGACAUCUACAUAUGGCGUGUACGUGUGUUUGAGCGGCAGUCUGUUCAAAAGUCAGCUAUUGAAAGUGUCGCGUAAAGACCGAAGCAAAUUUUAAUCUUUGGAUGUUUUACCUUCCAUCCACCCAUCGAUCCAUCAUCCGCCCCGCUGCGGGAGAAAACUCUCGCCCCAGCCCAGCUAAUCGAAUCAUUCCGAACGAGCGCACGGCGGUGGUGUUGGUGGUGGCGGUGGAACGUGUCAGUGAGAAAGGAGAACUAAAUUAUGCUCUUUUGCCAUAUAUCCAUUGUUGUGCAGAAAAACGGUUCCUGCCAAUCAUUCGCGCGUCAGAAAACCCGGGACCGAGCAAGCCUGAGGAGCGGCAGGAAAAUCCAUUGCGGUUGUGUAGUUUGCGUGUUCGUGCGAGAGUGUGAAUGGUUGAUUUGGCAAACAGGAAGGGUUUGCCGAUGUGGUUGCGUGCUGUGCGUGCUCGUAUACGCUUUGUUCCAUGCCAUGUCUUUUCGGCCCGGUUUUUUGCAUAGAUGUGUUUUCCCACGAUAAGCAGCAUUGCUUGUGAAGAGGGUACUAAGAGAGUAUUUUUUAAGUUGUACCUUCAAAAACGGGGUUUUUUUUGUGCGGGUUAUGGUUAGCCAAGGAUUAUCGAUCUUUAAAAUGAAAGUUUGUAAACAUUCAAGAAUGUAACAUCAGUUCUCAUUGCAUCAAAAUUCCUAUUUGAGGCAUCAAAAAUAUUUACAAAUCAGAUGCUCUGGUACAAAUUUGUCUAAUAAAUAGAGCAUGAAAAGCAAUGCUCAAGUUCUAUAUUGCUGUAUAAAUGCAACAGAACAUGAAUCGGAAACUGAAAAGCUCGCUUCCCUCCAAAGCCCAACCCCUAACUUACCCCAAUAUGCUUCACAUUAAAAACUCACCCACCCCGGACAAGAAGUUCCUGUUGAGCAACAAACAACUUUCAACAAAUUAUCGACCGGAAAUGGAAAUUCCACCAGCGGUUUAAACUUGCUUGAUUUCCCUGUGUCAAACUAACACCGUACAAUACGGCUGGGCUGAGAAAGUCAAGUGUGCUAAAUAAAGCCAACAGCCGGCCCGAAUGAAUGCCCCCGGUUUGGGGGCACUCCAGCCUGCUCCUACCGAACGGUACGGUGUAAACCAGCCGUGGCAAUGGUGGCGCUGUGCCCUUAAACUUCGCAUCAAAAAUGUGAAUCUUCACCCGGUAUUAAAUAUUAAAGCCAUGCAGGCACGGAACGCUAGAACUCAUUACGCCAGAGUAAUCCCUGGGCCGUCCGGGAAGGGCUGGCUUCGUCUAGGGACUAACGCCAGUCACUUGACUCCUAUACCAUUGUCAAAAAGCACAAAACCUAACCCUGACGCCCUAGGUGGAGCCGUUGUUUGACCUUACCUACACACAUACACACACAUUUCAAUGCCAACCCUGUGCCAGACGGAUGGGUGCGUCACGCUUCAAUGAGCCAUCACAAGGAAGAGAUAUUCAUGGCAUGAUUCAGCCACCAUCCGCCACACACACACACACACACACAAGCAUGUGCCAGUCUUGACGCCCCUUUUAUUCCAGAGCACUGGAUGACAUGAUGUAGUAAACCCGGUGGUGCUAGGUAGCUUACGCUGGUACACGGCAAGCGCAAUACCAAUUUGUAUUAUGUGUGUCGUGGAAAAUGACGUCCCCAUAGUCGGCGUUGGUUAGUUCGUUGGGAAAGCUAUUGGCAAGGGACUUGUCUGCUGAAGCGUGUUGUUCGGUACGCGAAACGUCCUGGGGAUGCAACUUACAGGUUGCAUUGACAGGAAGGAUCGGCUGUCGGAUUGACGUGCCCGUAGUAUGAGCUCGCGAAGGAAGCUCAUAACUGUAUGAUUGCUAUAUUUGUAUUGUGUGCCAGACUUAUUCUUCUGGAACUCAAACGCAAUUUUCCUCUGCUUCUUAAGUUCCUGACAAGCCUUCUUCCUUUCCAAAUAUUCCAUCACCUUUGAAUUGAUCUUUAUUUUUAUACAUGAAGUAAUUUUAUUUAUUUAAAAAUAAUAAAAUAUUUUCAAAUUCAUACAAAACGCGUCUCUGCGCCCUGCUUGAUGAGCAGACAAAAAAAUAACACGAUGAAGAUAUGUUUUAAAAAUUAAUAACAAGGGAGAAAAAAAUCAACAGUUUGACGCAAAAGUUAAGGACGUACGUAUUUCGGAAAAACUCAUGCAUACACGAAUGAAUUGUGAUAUAUUUUUAUACGAAAAGCAGAGUAAAUUGAUGAACAGACAGCAAAACUGUAGCCAAUUUGUAAGAAGUGUUCAAAAGUCUGAACAAACAAGAAAACAAAGCUGACAAGUGUGUAGCAUGCAACUUCAUUUCUGUUCCAAUGCAUUAUUUGCACGAAUAUUUCUGUUCCAUGCAUUUCGUGUUACCGACAUUUGAUGUAUGAGCUUUGUUGAAUGUUCACUGCCAUGGCGAAAUUUCUGCAGAAGUUAUUGAACGUUCGAAGGCAAAUUUAAACCAAACUCCUGUUAUUAGUAGAAUAUCAUUGGUUAACAUCAUUGCAGUGUCAAGAGAUUAUUUUGUGUGCAAAACAUUUAAUUCCCUUGUUAGUUGGUAUCGAUGUAUCUGUUGUAAGGUAACACGCUAUUUGUUGUGCUAGAUAAUGCGAGAAACAUGAGUUUAGCUAAUGAGAGAUCAUGAACUUAAACGAAUCCAACUGAUUCGUUUAGGAAGAGUCACGUCUGAUGGCGCCACUGCACUUCAACGCUUAACAUCAUAGCAAUGCAAAACACAAAGCACGCGAACACAGAGAGUGACUGUAGCAUAGAAAAUCGUUUAAUUUUUUUAUAGAAAUACACAAAAAAACAACCAGAAAAUCAAUCAGAUAGGAUUGAAAGAGCAAUUCGUAGCAGAGCAAAUCAUCGUUUUGAUGCUCGCAGCACACUCAGCAUGAUGGAAUUGCACCAUCAUCGAUAAUGCUUGUUUGCAACAAAAAGAACACUAGAACAAUGCCACCAAGUUGUAAACUAAGAACUCACCUUUCCCUCGAUGACCGAUUCGCCCUCCAGGAUACAUAUACCAUGCACCCAGUAGGACACAGUAUAGGGCAGUAAGACUCAGUUUUUGUUUGGUUUAACGUUUUAGAACCACUAGACAUCCUGUUAGUGUGCGAAACUUUAAAUCGUGCUCUUAAACGGCGGAACAAUGAAAAAAAAAACUUUACCUAACACAGUCGGAUCGAACGAUAGCACUACUUGCACAUAAUUGAAUUUUUACAGCUACCAUUCACUGAUCCGAGAAGGUGACCGACAAGUCGAAAGCGAAAAUAUCAUUCCAUAACUGAACAUUUGACACAACACACGAACGAACUUCAACGUCAAAUUACCGAUGGUAGCAAAGGCAGUUCUACACGAGUACGAUGACGAAUGAUAACGGAAGACAAACCCAAAAAAAACAAGAAUCAACGAAUUGUAUCGUUCCAAGCAAGCGAGAUACUGGUGUGUGGAAAAGGAAAGGUCCUAACAAUCGUUUUGAGCACAAGUACCACUGACUCAUCUUUUUAAGGUCGUCACGAAGUAGGUCAGAGUGUAAUUGUACUAGGAGGGGGAAAUUUUAAAAAUUUCCUUUGUAAAAAAAAGCGCAGAUCUGAUGCAGAUAAUAAAUCCUUGAUAAAAUAAAACCAA